CUGGUAGCCACCCCACCCUGGUGGCCUGCCCCAUCUUCUGAGGCUCCCCGGCCUCCUGUUCCUCCUCUCCAGGCUCCCAGGCCCGGGCUCCCAGGAGUAGGGCCUCCAUCAGACUCACGGAGGAGGACCAAAAGCUUCAUUUUCCCGGACCAGGGCUGGUGAGAUGGCCCAGUGGGCGAAAGGGAUUGCCGUGUAAGUCCAAUGACCUGAGGUCAACCUCUUGGAACCUCCCAUGGCCACAACUCUGAAGCCCCACAGUGGCUCCACCUCCCAAAUCACUGAAGAGGUCCAAAAUGCAGAUGCCUCGAGACUCCUUCCCCACUGACUGGAGCCCUCCACCUGUAGAAUUCCUAAACAAGAACAAGAAGGUGCUUCAGGCCUGCAGGAGACCACAGGAGGACUUGGAGAAGGAGCCCCCAGAUUCAGACCCGAAGGUGGGGCUGGCCUCACUAGAGGAACUCUUCUGGAACAUGGCAGGUCCAAGCCAACAGGCUGUGACUCCAAAAAUUGCCUCUGGGUGCUCAGAAUACUAUGUCAACAACCUGGAUUACUUACUGCAAGAGAAGAGGGAACAGGCCCUGGAGCAGGAACGGGAGCAGCAGCUGCAGCAGGAACAUCCCAAGCUUGACUCCUCCGAAUGUGUCGAAUGUGUCGAAGACGACAGAGAAGCAGUGCUCACACCUGAGCACAGGAUGCUGGUGGAGAAGUUCUCCGUAUCUCUCCAGAUCAUUUCGCCAGUGCAUCCAGGUGAAACUGUAUUCUUGCCUAGACGUCACCCUUUGCCCUGCAUCCUGGACUCCUCCAGUCUAAAGCCACACAGUCAGCUGGAAGAGCUGUUCCUCAGGUCCUCACAGGCCCAGCAGCUCUCCUUUCUGCACCAGGGUCUCCUGAGCAACCUCUACCUGCACGCCUCUGACUACCCUCGACCUCUGCUGCAGUGGCUGUUCCAGUUGUUAACAUGGCCUCCAGAAACAUCUUCAAGAGCUUUUGAUCUCCUCUGGGAUCUCAGCAUAGAUGGACUAUUCCGUCAGCCUGAUGCAGACAUGCGCUUUUGGUGUCCCUCACUGCAAGAGGUCAAGGAGGUGUUCCACAGCCUGGGAGCCUACAACCCUGCGCUCUACCCGCACGGGCCCUUCCAGCACAGCACAAGAGUACUUGAGGGUGAGGCCAGCCUGGGCUGCUGGGAACCACAGGAUCCUCCCCAGGAAGUGGCCUUGGACAUUAAGCUGAGCUACAUCUACAGGUUCCUGAUCCUGUGUUUCCUAGUCCAGCCGAGGUCCUACACCGAUGCCGGCAUCUUGGGCCUGAUGGAGCUGCUGUGUCGCGCAGGCCUGGAUGUAGGCUUGCGCCUGCUGCCCAAGACUGACCUCCAGCAGCUCCUGCUCCUGCUCCUGGAAAACAUCCAAGAGUGGCCUGAGAAGCUCCAGCCGCUGUGCUGCGCCCUCAGCUGGGUUUCCGACCACCACCACAACCUGUUGGCCCUCGUGCAGUUCUUUCUGGACGUGACGCCCCGGGCCAGGCAGCUUCGCAGCCAACUGAGCCUCACAGUUAUUGCCCGGAUGCUGGAUCAGCAAGAGGCACUUCCUCUCUCGGGGGAGAAAACCCAGCUAGCCUUGCUCAGCCAGCUCCUCAGCCUCAUGAGACCAUCGUCCCUCAGGCAGUGUCUGGGUGCUGAGACCUUGCCAUCCUGUCAGGGGCAACAGCCAAAGCCCAACGCUGAGCUAGACCACAAGGUCUGCUAUCUGUGCCACAGCCUCCUGACACUGGCCGGGGUGGUGGUCAGUAGCCAGGAUAUCACUCCAGAUCAGUGGGGUGAGCUGCAGCUGUUGUGCAUGCAGUUGGACCGUCACAUCAGCACCCAUAUCCGGGAGAGCCCCCAGGCCAUGCACCGGACCAAACUCAAGGACCUCGCCACCCAGACCUACAUCCGCUGGCAGGACCUGCUGGCUCACUGUCAGCCCCAGGGUCAGUACUUCAGCCCUUGGAAAGACGUUUAAAGGGAUAAGGGCAAAUUUGCCCAGCUCCGGACUCCAGCAAGAAAGAACUGUAGGCGGUAAAGAAUGGAGGCUGGAGGCGGCCCAGCCCAGUGAAGCCAGACUGGUGCCACUGGGGUCCUUGUCUCCCCGACAGUCCCUACCCUUGAACUCCCUGCCUGCUCAGCGACCUCUUCUCUCCUGGGCUCUUGUCUCUACCAUUCUGGCUUCCUGGGCCUCCUUCUUGGCCACUGUCCACCCUCCCCAUUGCCCUGCACCUUGCUCUCUCUGUCCAUCAUUAAAAUGGGGUUCCUUGUGCACAUUAAAGUUUUAUUUUCAGCCUCA